AUGUCCGGCUACGGCAGAGAUUCCGGUGGUGGUGAAGGAUAUAGUGGUGGUCAUUCAAGUAGUGAUUAUCAAUCAGGACGUUCAGGCGGUAGUCGAAACAAUUAUGAUAAUAACAGGAUGAUGAAUGGCACCAGCACACACUUUGUCCUCUGUGCAGGUUCUGGAAGCGGUGGCAGUGGCGGUGGCGGCGGCGGCGGUGGUGGUUACAAUCGUAGUCGAAGUGAUCAUCAAAGUAACAAUGAUGAUAGCGGUGGACAUAAUCGUGGGCGCAACGACCAUCAAAAUGAUGAUAGAGGUGGCAGUGGAUAUAGUCGUGGUCGAAGUGAUCACUACAAUGAUAAUGGCGGUGGUGGUGGUGGUGGUGGAGAUGAUCAGCGUAUGGAAACACAACGAGAUACAAUUUUUAUUCAGAAUCUACCACGAAAUGUAACUAGUGAAGAACUUCGAGUUGUAUUUAGUCAAAUUGGAGUGAUUAAAAAUGAUAAAAAAACAGGUGCACCAAAAAUUUGGAUUUAUAAAGACAAGGCAACUGGAGAAGGUAAAGGUGAAGCAACAAUCACAUAUGAAGAUGAAGAAGCAGCACUAGCUGCUAUCAAUUGGUAUAAUGACAAAGAAGUUCUUUCAAAUAUUGUUAAAAUCUCAUUAGCCACUCGGCGCGCUUCUGCUUUUGGUGGUCGAGGUGGAUUUCGUGGUCGUGGUGGAUUCCGUGGUCGAGGAGGAGGUGGCGGCGCCAGUGGAGGUGGUGGUGACUAUGGCGGAUAUCGUGGUGGAGAUCGUGGUGGCGAUUAUCGAGGUGGUGGCGGAGACUAUCGUGGUAGUGGUCGUGGUGCGAGUCAUGGUUCAAGCAGAGAUAAUCGUUCUAAUCCAUAUUAA